CAAAUUAGAAAAUUUUAAGCAAUUGUUGUAAAUGACACCAUAUUAUUUUCAACAUAUAAAGUGCGCUUUGAAAAAUUUAAAAUUGAUCUUGGUAUGCGAUGUGCAUGCACUGUGUGGAAACUAAAUAACGUUAAUGUGUGAUUCAAGACACCAUCAACAUGGACAACGGAAAUAUGUCGUCGGCGAAUGCCACCAAUUUCGAAAACAUUCCCCCAUUUUAUCUUGUUCAAAUCAUUCAAACCAUCCUGUUCUCACUGGUAUGUCUGGUAGGGAUAGCCGGAAAUACCUUGGUCAUCUACGUAGUAGUGCGCUAUUCCAAAAUGCAAACAGUCACUAAUAUGUACAUAGUGAACUUGGCUAUCGCAGACGAAUUCUUUUUGAUAGGAAUUCCAGUUCUAAUAGCCACGAUUCUACAUGGUCAUUGGGUGUUUGGCCACUAUGCUUGCAAAGCUUAUAUGAUUACUACCAGUAUAAAUCAGUUUACUAGCUCGAUUUUGCUAUGCAUUAUGAGCGCUGAUAGAUACAUAGCUGUAUGCCAUCCAAUAUCUUCACCAAGAUGGCGGACACCGUUCAUAUCCAAAAUAGUAUCAUGUUUCGCUUGGUGCUGCAGCAUUCUUCUUAUCGUCCCUAUCAUAGAACACGCACGGGAAAUUGUCGGAGAGAACAACAUGACAUCUUGCGUGAUUAUUUGGGGUGCAAUGGAAGACGAAAACUUUACUUUUUCCCUACCUACAGAACCGACCAUUUUCUUUCCAAACCACACUGCAAAUCUCGCUGCAAGUGCCAAUAUAACUGAUGAAUUCGAUUCUUCACCGGCAUUCAUUUUCACCAUUUAUACUUUCGUAUUCAGUUUUGCCAUACCCUUAACGCUCAUCUUGUUUUUCUAUUCGCAAGUGUUGAGGAAGCUCAAGACAGUUGGACCGAAGAAUAAGUCCAGAGAGAAGAAGAGGUCUCACAGGAAAGUAACCAAUUUGGUAUCGAGCGUGGUUUUGGUUUACAUUAUUUGUUGGGCACCUUAUUGGGUUACACAGCUGGCGAUCAGUAACUCCAAUCAUAAUGACACUUUGGAUAUAACGCUACAUCUACUGGCAUCCUGCCUUAGCUACUCGAACUCUGCAGUGAAUCCAAUACUCUACGCCUUUUUGAGCGACAACUUUAAGAAGAGCUUCUGGAAGGCUUGCACGUGCGCAGGAAAUAAGGACGUCAAUGCCACGUUGCAUUUGGAAAACAGCGUUUUUCCAAAGAAGUCGAAGCAAUCUUCGGAACGGCCGACUAGAAACACAUCCAUAUGUCCAAACCUAGAAGAUGAAGGCGAUGCUCCCUUGGUGAAAGGGGACCCGUCUACAUCGGCUACCGCUCUAACAAUGACAAGUCGCGUUAACAUCAACCUGGGGGAGAGCAGGGAAAAUGUAUCGAUAAAAAACGGGACAGCAGCCCAGUCUCAACCUACGAGCUUAUAAGCGACUUCAAGUGGGCUUAUUUUGAAAACGAGGACUGCUUUUUGUGAUUUCUAGAAAAUUGGUAUUGACACUAUUUAUUUUCAAGAGAUUUGAAACUCAAUGUGCAUUGAAAGCUGAAGUUGACUUCUUAACUUAAGUCAAUUCAAUUAGCAUUUACCAACGGCUGCUGAAUUGAGUGAAUUAUGUCAUUGAUUGAUAAAUAUAUUUUGUGGAGUUGAAUUUUUAUGGCAGCGGGUUACCAUAACGGGAAAAUUUAUUAUUGCAUGUUUCUUUGUGUUUUAAACGGAAAUUCGGCAUGACUAUUAAAUGAUAUCCAGAAUAUUUUGAUAUCAUCCUGUUAUUUGAUAGCAGCUUAGAUGCCUGACACUCAAGUUUCACUAUUUUUUUUUUGAGGCUUAUAAUUGACAUGAAAAAAUAAACCUAUCAAUUGGAAAAAAAUGUUUUAAUCCAAGGCCUAAACUGUUCGUUGGAGCAUAUAAAUUGGUAGACAAUUAUUUUUAAAAAUUUCAUAAGGCUAAAAAACAGGCAGAAUAUAAUCUGAUAAUGCCAUUUUUUGUUUUUGACAAAUAACUUUCUCAGUCAGGCAUAUGCUCGUUUUAAGCAUUAUUUAAAAAAAUGAUCUCCCAGCAGAAAAAGCUAUUUAUUAGCUGGAGACAAAUUGGUCAUUUUGCUUGAAAUAUCAGCUUUGUGGAUACAGGGUAUAAAUUAACUUAAAGAAAUAAAAAUGUUUUACUUCUUAUUUCCAUGAAAAUAUGAUAAAAGAACAACUGUACCUAUUUGAAAAAUCCGACAUAGAUUGGUCUAAUAAAUUAUACAAGAUGUUUUCAGAAAUCAAUGCAAAACUUGAAAAUGUGUUUAAAGGGGGUGUGCGCCAAAAAAACAACCUCAUUUCAAAAAAAAGAGAAAAAAAAUCUAAGAAUAACAGUGAAAUCCGCACCCCUCUAUGACAAAUAAUACCGCAGAUAUGGCUCUAUGAAGGUACCGCAUCUCACCCUAUGACGUCACGAAAGCUCAAGCGACGCACUAGAAAGUGGAGUUAAUUAAAUUUACAUAUGUUUUUCCUGUGUUACCUGUAAUAAUCUAAACAAAAACUACUCAGGCGUCCCGGGAACAAUCAAAUUAACAAUGCGGAGCGCGGCUGGACGAAGUUCUCGUGACGUCACAAGAGCGUCGUCCACACUUUAAAGCGGUAUAUCUCAGCGAUGGUUUAUCGUAGAAUAACGAGGUUUGAACAGUUAUUCUUAGAUUUUUUUACACUAAAACUUGAAUUUUUGGCGCACACCCCCUUUAAAUAUUUGCAAUUAUUUCGAAAAGAUAUUAUAUGGUAAUUUAUUGAUCAACAGAUUGUACCUACCUAUUUUGAUUUGUUGAGUUCAAAGGUUCAAAUAAUAUAUUAUGUACCUACAUGACAAAAAUAACUUAUUAACAAAAUUAGUGUUUCAUGUAAGAAAAAUAUCAUAUACUUAGAAAAAAUUGUAAAUAGUAUUGAAUGUCAUUAAUUCAACUUAAUGUCAUAGAUGAAAUUUUAAGUUUGUAUUUACAUUUUAUUUUUACACUUUUCUGUUGUGUUCUAUUAGUCUAGGAAAAUAGUCGAAAAAUACAUGUAUUGCAAAAAAAAAAUUCCUACCCAAAUGAACUUUUCAGGGAUGAUAGGAGGCGGGUGGGUGAUCAUAAAACCGAAAAUAUCAAACAUUCACCCCUCUGGCGUUUUGCGCUAUAGGGGUUGAAAGUGCGCCAUUGGCGAGUACUUGGUACCUAUUGAUUUUACAAAAAAAUGUUUCAAAUAAAAGAUGUGCAACAUUAUUUGAUCUACAAUGUUUAUCUAAAGAUUUUUUUGAUUAAGGGCCGUCUGUGGUCAUAAGGGCCGUUUAAAAUUUUAUAAUGAAAAUGAAAAAUUUUAACCAACGUGAAAAAUUUUUCUACAAUACAUACAACAUUUUUGCUUUAUGAAAUUUUUACUCACCCCCUGCCGUUUUUCAAUAGGGGUAGUUUAAAGUUUAUUUAUUUUUUCACAAAAAAAAAUUCCUUAUAAAAGUUUUAUAAGAUUACAUUUCCUACAAUUUUUUCCAAUCAACUUUUUUUGUAACUCACCCCCAUUCAGCGGGGGGACACUUCCCUUAGGGAAAUUUUAGUUUUUAGGGGUAUAUAUAUUUUUUUUUUCUUUUCUCGCCUUUAGUGCAUAUAAAAAGGUGCAAUUAAUAUUGUAUUAAAAGGAUUUUUUUUCCACCACCUUUUUGUUUUUAGGGGUAGUUCGCCUAUUUUCAACUUUACAAAAAAAAUUAAUAGAGAAAAGUUGCUCAAAAUAGUAAAAUGAACAAGUUUU